UCCUACACAACAAAAAUUAAAAUACAUAAAAUUAAAAUGAACUCUCCUUCACUUGAAACAAAACAUACAACAUAUUGAGCCUAUUUUGUUAUCUUUCUUCUCUCUCUGCCGAGUCCUGCUUGUUUUGUGAAUGGCGGCGUCACUGGAAACUCAGCACCCAAUCAAGGCUUUUGGAUGGGCUGCUAAUGAUAACUCUGCCAUUUUUACUCCAACCAACUUCUCAAGGAGGGCAACUGGUGAACUUGAUGUGCAGUUUAAGGUUUUGUACUGUGGCAUUUGCCAUUCAGAUCUUCACUUGGCCAAGAAUGAGUGGGGAUUCACUGCUUAUCCCUUGAUACCUGGGCACGAGAUUGUAGGGGUCGUGACCGAAAUAGGCGCAAAGGUAACGAAAUUCAAAAAACGGGACAUAGUCGGUGUCGGGUGCUGGGUGGGGUCGUGCCGCGAGUGUGAGGAGUGCCGUAAAAACGAUGAAAGUUACUGCCCGAAGAUAAAAAUGACGGUAAGCGGGACUUUUUUUGACGGGACACCCAAUUUCGGUGGCUUCUCGGACAUUAUGGUCGUGGACGAGCAUUUCGUGAUCCGGUGGCCCGAGAAUUUGGCACUCGAUAAGGGGGCCCCACUUUUGUGUGCUGGCAUCACCACAUACAGCCCAAUGAGGCGGUUUGGGCUUGACAGGCCCGGGAUUAGAUUGGGUGUUGUUGGGCUUGGGGGCAUUGGACACCUCACCGUGAAGUUUGCUAAAGCAUUUGGGUGUAAAGUGACUGUCGUGAGUUCGUCGGUUAGUAAGAAGGAAGAGGCAGUCGAGCGUUUUGGGGCGGACGAGUUCUUGGUCAGCACUGACCAGGAACAAAUGCAGGCUGCUGUCGGGACCUUGGACGGAAUCAUCGAUACUGUCUCGGCAAAUCAUUCUCUUUUACCGUUGGAUAACGCAAUUUCAGGGGGAAAGGCGAUAGUGGGGACAGCGGCUGGGGGAAUAAAAGAGACACAAGAAAUGAUCGAUUUUGCAGCCAAGCACAAUAUACUGCCUGAAGUCGAGAUAAUUCCUAUGGAUUAUGUGAACACGGCCAUGGAUCGUCUUGAGAGAGCUGAUGUCAAGUAUAGAUUUGUUAUAGACGUUGCAAAUUCACUCAAGAAAGUGUAA